AUGAAGAUUCUGUAUUGGAACAUUCGGGGUGUUAGGAAGGCAGCAGGGUUGUGCGCUUUACGUCUACUGGUGAAGGAGCAUGCCCCGGAUGUGUUAUGCUUGGCUGAACCCAUGGUUCAGGUAUGUAAAUUUCCUGUUAUUUUCUUUAGUCGGUUGGGGUAUGCGGUGGAUUUCAUUCAUAACUUUCGGGAUGACAAAGUCCCAAAUUUAUGGAUUAUAUGGAAGUUGGGGGUUUCGAGACCAGUUGUUGCAGGUAUGUCUGAUCAAUAUAUAUCAGUCAUCUUUGAUUGGCCAGGUAGUAAAGUGGGUAUUUCUUUUGUACAUGCAAGUUCUUUUAAAAUUAUGCGUAGGCAAUUGUGGUUAGAUUUGGAGUUGUCGAUAUCAGCUUUGGUUCCGUGGUCUGUGAUGGGGGAUUUCAAUGCAACCCUGUUCUCGCAUGAGAAAAGAGGUCCUGGUAAGUUUAAUCUUGGAUCAGCUGCUGAAUUCCAGGCUAUGGUUGAUGCGUGUGAAUUGCUUUCUAUCCCUUCUCAGGGAAAGAAAUUCACUUGGACUAAUAAUCGUCGAAGGGGUCAUGCAGUUGCAGUGUUGGAUCGGAGUUUUUGUAAUGGGAAGUGGAUAGAUGUGUUUAGAAAUGUGAAGCAGCGUGUUUUGUUGUCUUCGGUAUCAGAUCAUGCCCCUUUAAUUGUCGUCUCUGAUGAUGUUCAAAGACCUACAAAUAUCCCCUUUAGAUUCCAUAGCUUUUGGAUGGAAAAUGAUCAAUUUAUCUCUGUGGUUGAGGAAGCUUGGAAAACUUCGAUAGGGGGUAAUCCAAUUUUCGUUCUGGCACAAAAAUUAAAGCAGGUCAAGGAGAAUUUAAAGGUUUGGGCGAGGGCCAAUUUUCCUAACCUGAAUGAUGAGGUCGAUAAAGCAAAGCUGGAAUUAAAGAAGGUUCAAGAUAUGAUAGAGGUGGCUGGGAUGAAUGAUGAAUUAUUUAACAGAGAGGCAGAUGCAAAAACAGUAUUAUUGAAGGCCAACCAAAUGUACGAGAAGUUGUGGGCUGAAAAAGCUAAACUGAGAUGGAUGAAAAAUGGAGAUUGUAACUCGAAGAUUUUUCAUCUCUCCGUGAAGCUAAGGAGGUUGAAAAAUCAGAUCACCUCCCUAAAAAAGGAAAAUGGAACUUGGGUUUCAGACCAACAGGGAAUAUCGUUUUAUGUCUCUGAUUUUUUUGAGAAAUUUCAUGAGGCUGAUGAAAUCACAGUUCAUUAUGACCUUCUUGAAAAUAUUCCCAGAGUGUUGGAGGAGGAGGACGUGGCAAGAUUGGAGAUUGUCCCGAGUGGGGACGAAAUUAAACAAGCUGUUUGGGAUUUAGAUCCUGUAAGCUCUCCAGGUCCUGAUGGGUUCCCAGGUAGUUUCUUCAGGCGAUGUUGGACUAUUGUUGAGGGUGAUUUUUGCAGGGCAGUGAAAAAAUUCUUUGAGGAAGGGCGGCUUCCUAAAGGAAUAAAUAACUGCUUUAUUUCCUUGAUCCCCAAAGUUGAGGGGGCGGCCUCUCUAGAUAGGUUUCGACCUAUAUGUAUGGGGAAUUUUUAUUGCAAAGUGAUAUCAAAAAUUCUAUCUUCAAGAUUACUUGUUGUUUUGCCUAAAUUGAUUUCGGAAGAGCAAGGCGCUUUCCAGCAGGGUAAAAUAAUUUCAGCAAAUAUCAGCCUCGCCUCAGAACUGUGCAAAUUUGGGUUCUCAUCUAGGUGGAUUUCUUGGAUUCACAACCUUCUUCUAUCCUCCAAAGUAUCAAUUUUGGUGAACGGUGGCCCGGUGGGGUUCUUUGGGGUUGGUAGAGGUCUCCGACAAGGAGAUCCUUUGUCUCCCUUUUUAUUUAUUCUGGCAGAAGAGGUUCUCUGUAGAGGUCUUAGAAGCAUGGUUCAGAAUGGUUUGAUAAAGUCUCUUCCUGGGCCUCGAGGUGUGUUAACUCCCUCCCAUUUAUUGUUUGCUGAUGACAUUUUCAUUUUCAUUAAUGCAUCUGCUCAGUUUGUCAAAAAUCUUAAGGCUUUUCUUGAUAAAUAUCAGAUUGAUGGUUCGCUGAAAACUACCUACCUUUCCUCUUCGAUAUGGCCUGGUCUUAAAAAGGUGUGGCGGUGGGUACAGUCUCAUGAGCAAUGGACUGUUGGGAAUGGUCAGAGGAUAAAUUUUUGGAAAGAUAGCUGGCUGGGAAAGAAGUCUAUUGAGGAGAUGUAUGGUUCGCAGUUAGAUAUCUUUGAUUCGAUGCAGGCAAAGGUUUCUGAUUUCAUUUGCCAAGAUGAGUGGAAUUUUCCCCAGCUCAAGCAUGGGGUAGGACAAGGAAGGAAUGAAAUCUUGGACAGAUGUUCCACAUCUGGACAUGGUUGUGAACUGGUGGUGUAA